GAGACACCUGUCAUCACUCACCUGUCUGGUACCUGAAGAGCACUUAACAUUUACCUGACCGCUGGUUCUCUCUUUUUCAGAUCUGUGAGCAUCCACCUCCCUCCAGACGUUCAUUAGCUUUCAUCAUGAAGAUUCUGCUGGUCCUCUCUGUUCUCCUCUGUGCUGCUCUGUCCAUCAGGGCUGCAACAGUUGUUCCAGCUGAGGGUGCUGCAGUACCACAGGAUAACAAACCUGCACCAGAAUCAGAGAUGGAUGCUGCUACUCAUGUUGCUGAUGGUAGAGGACCUGUUCGACCUCAAGCCCGUUUUGAUUUCUGCCUUGAUGGCUGGCAUAGUUUCCGUGGUAACUGCUACUUCUUAGCCAACCAGGUUUCUUCCUGGAGCAAUGCAGAGCGCUAUUGUGCCGGCUUUGGUGGCAGUCUAGCUUCAGUCCACAACGUCUUGGAGUAUAAUUUCCUCCAGCGUCUGGUCAAGACUGGGGGCCACACUUUUGCCUGGAUUGGAGGUUUCUAUUUCCAGGGUUGCUGGAGAUGGGAAGAUGGCUCAGUGUUUGACUAUACCAACCAGGGAUCAAUGAGCUCCACUUCCAGUUACCAGUGCCUGCAGGUCAACUCUCAAACGUCCAAGGGCUGGUCCAAUAACGGCUGCACCAUUAACUACCCAUUCGUCUGUCAGAUAAAGCCAAACUGCUAGUCGUCACAGUGUGUGCAGUGCUCCUCCUGACUUCUACAGAUGAUACUUAAGCUGCUGUUUGUUCUUUAUAAGACUGCAUGUCACUGUCAUGAUUUAUACAUGCUGGACAAAAAUUACGCAUUCACACUAUUUGUAACACAAAUCUCAGCACAAAUGAAUCCAUGGCAGUCAAGUGGGGUUUUUAGCCUAUGUAUUUUUUUAACAACAGCAGUUUGGAAUAUAAGGCAACUGUAGGGGUUGUGUUUGUGUUCAUUACAUUACAUGUCAUUUAGCUGAUGCUUUUAUCCAAAGCGACUUACAAUUGAUAUAUACUGUAUGUCAGAGGCCACUGGAGCAUCUAUGGGUCAAGUGUCUUGCUCAGGGACACAUAGGUAUUGUAUCACAGUGGGAAUUGAACCCAGAUCUCCCACCCCAAAGGCAUGUGUCAUAUCCACUGCGCCAUCACCACCCUGUAAUAUGUAUUGCUU